CAGCCGGCGGUGUUGGCGGAGUAGUUGGCUCAACAGGCUCUGUGUCCAGCGGCGUGGGUCUUACUGGCAGUUCUGGUGGAGUAGCGAUCACUGCAGGUCCUGCUGCCGGUGGUCCCGGUGGCACCCUUGCUGGUGGCCCUAGAGGAGGCCUUGGUGGUGGACUUGGUGGUGGCCUUGGUGGUGGCCUUGGUGGUGGCUUUGAUGGCAAACUUGGCCUCGGUGGUGGCUUGCAUGGCACGCCUAGCGGAACCGUAGUGCUCGGCAGCACCGGCACAAUAUCAAGCCCUGGCACAACAAGGGGUCCCGGAAGCAUCGGCGUCCCCAUCGGUGGUGUCUACGGCAGCUCUGGCAGCCUUAGCGGAUCAGGAGGUACUACUAUUGUCCAUAAUGCAGGCAGUGUUGGAACUUCAAUGACGGUUGCAUCGGGAGCAUCUGGUGCGGCUGGAGCUGGCGGUGGAUCAUUUUUGGGUGGCACAGGUGGUCACCUUGGUAUCGGAUCACUCUCGAGUACCUCAGGCCUUGGUGUUGGCAGCCACGGAAAACUCAGUGGAACCACUGGUACCGUAAGGCUAGAGGUCCCCGGUGGCUUCGGCAGUAUCAAUGGUCGAGGUGGUAUGGUUGGUCCAGGUGGCCCAAGUGGUGCUGGCGGCCUUGGUGGAGUAGGAGGUGCACUAUCAGGAGGUUCACUGGGACUUGGUGCUGCUGGUAGUGGUGCUAGUGGAACAGUAGCUAUUUUGAGCAGCACAGGUGCAAGCAGUGGCGGCACUGGCGGAUCACAUACACUUGUUAUUGGAGGUCCAAGUAGCCCUGCUGGUAGCAUGCACGGAUCGGGAUUAGUCAUGACAGGUGGUUCACGAGGUGGUCUCGCGGUCGUCACAGGAGGCAGCAGUGGCAGCACCGGCGGAUCACAUACGACUUUGAUUGGAGGUCCGAGUGGAACUGCUGGUAGCAUGGGUGGAUCGGGAUUGAUUGUGACAGGUGCUUCACAACAAGGAGGUCACCAUGGAGCUGGCCAGCCUGGAUCUGUUCUCCAUGGAGUUGGUCACCCUGGCACUGGUAGUGGAAGCGCAUCAGGCGUUAUAGGUACCAUCCUCACAAGAACUCAAGAAUCCCGGGUACAUGUGACAAGUAGCAGUGUCCAUGGUACUGGAGCUAGUAUGUCAGCUGGUAGAGCAACUGGCGUCAUUGGUGGUAUCCCUGGUGGUGGCGUUGGUGUUGGAGGAAGUGCAGGAAUCGCUGGUACGACCAGCACUUUAGUCACUGGAGGUCAGAUCAACGGUGCUGGAGUCUCAGGACAAACUGGUGGUCACCUUGUAGCAGGCACUGGACAUGGCGGUGGAGUGAUAUCUGGUGCUGGAGCUACUGCAGGAAUUAGCGCUGGAACUAUCUCGGGUGUUGCAGGACAUACUGGUUCACAUGCGGCUGGUCCCCUUGGAGCCGGUCAGAUUGGAGGCAGCUCAGUUGGAGCCACUUCAAUCGGAGGUGGUGUGAUUGGAGGCAGCUCACUUGGAGGUGGUCUGAUUGGAGGAGUUUCGACUAGAGGCGUUUCGGCUGGUGGUGUUUCGACUGGAGGCGUUUCGACUGGGGGCGUUUUAACUGGAGCCGGUCGAAGUCAAACUGGUUAUAUUGGCACCACUCACAUUGGCACCGCUCAGGCCACAGGUCAGAUUGGAGCGGGUCAUACUAUUGCUGGUCAGCUUGGAAAUGGACGCAUUGGCAGUGGUGGCGCAACUACCCCAAGUGGUGUCUUAAUUACUCGCACUCAAACUCAAGUAACAGAGGUGCAUACUACGGGCAGUUCAAGUGGAGCGGCUGGUGUGAUUGGUGGUGGCCUUGGCAGAGGCGUUGGCGUUGGAGGAAGUGGAGGAAUAGGUAGUGUGACCAGCACUUCAGCUGGCAACAACAUAGGAAUUGGUGGCACUGGAAUUGGCAGCACUGGAAUUGGCGGUGCUUCGCUUGGAGGUGGACUAGGCGUUGGUGUUGGAGGCGCUGGUGCUCACGGUGGAAUUGGCGGUGGUACUGGUGGUGUCAGGGUUGGUGGAGCUGGUCUUGGUGGUGCCGGACUAGGUGGUGCUGGACAAGGCGUUGGGGUUGUCAGUGGACUUGGUGCUGGAGCUGCUGCCGCCGGAAGUAGCACUGGUGUAGCUGGUGGACAAGGUAGAGGAGUCAGCGCCGGAGUUAGCGGUGGUCUUAAUGGUAGAGUUGGCGCCCUGCCUGGCGGCGGACUUGGCGUUGGACUUAGCGGUGGACUUGGUGCUGGAGCUGGUGCCGCCGGAACUAGCACUGGUGUAGCUGGCGGACAAGGUACUGGAGUUAGCGCCGGAGUUAGCGGUGGUCUCAGUGGUAGAGUUGGUGCCCUGCCUGGCGGCGGACUUGGCAUUGGACUUGGCGGCGGACUUGGUGCUGGAGCUGGUGCCGCCGGAACUAGCACUGGUGCAGCUGGCGGACAAGGUGCCGGAGUUGGCGCCGGAGUUGGCGGUGGUCUUAACGGUGGAAUUGGCGCCGUGCCUGGCGGCGGACUUGGCGCUGGACUUGGCGGUGGACUUAGCGGUGGAAUUGUCGGCGCGGGUGGGGGCGGUCUUGGAGCUGGCGCCACUGGAGGAGGUGGUAUUAAAAUUGGUGGCGGUGGACUUAGUAUCGGGCUUGGAGGCAGUACUGGUUUGCUCUUACGACCAGGCGGAAAUGGUACUUGGGGAUCCGGCAGAUUCCAAAGGUGCACGGUCAGCGAAGUAUCGUUGGCAAGAUCAUCCAAUUGCGGCGAGUGCAGUUGUGAUAUCUACUUGAAGACGGGUCGACUCCGUGGGAAAGUCGAAGGUCGUCAGUGCCUUAAAUCGAGGGAGCGCAGGUGUUGGUGCAGGUUGCUUUAAUUGCCGAAAUUACGACGGCA